UCAAAAAAUAAACACGGCUUUAACUGCUACCCUUUUUUUUCCUGCAGUCUUUGUACAUUCUGUAGAAUUCUUCUCUCUCUAUUUCUCUGUGUGUCGGUAAAGAGACGUGAACUAAUCGAUCUGUCGUCAUAUAGGAGGUAGAGCAGUCAGAAGACUGUAGUUCAGAGAUCAUCGUCAGGACAGAAUGGAACACACCUUGCUCUGUGUGUUACUCUUGCUGAAUACACACUUCAACUCUGGACACUCUAAAGAUGAUGAUGGAGUGGCAAAGGCUGUUCUGACCAUACACCCCAACAGCUCCCAGAUAUUCAGUGGAGAGUCUGUCACUCUCAGAUGUGUCAUACAGGGGGGAGGAGUCACUGACUGGGAGUACACUUGGCGCAAGAAUGGUAAUUCUGACUCCUCCAGUAAGAAGAAUGAACAUGAGGUCAGUGCUGCUAAGGUUUCUGACAGUGGUGAUUACAGAUGUCUGGGGACACAUAUUGAUCAGAAGCAAUAUUCUAAAUGGAGUGAUGCAGUCAGACUGACAGUAACAGCUCUGCCCAAAGCUACACUGACUGCAGUACCAAACCCUGUGUUCCCUGGAGAGACAGUUACUCUGACGUGUUCAGUAGGGUCUGACAGUAUCUGGAGCUAUCAGUGGUACAAAGACAGGAAUGAUAAUGUAGUGUCCCAGUCUGUCAGACACACUAUAACAGGAGACACUCUCACCAUCAGUGGAUCAACAGUGAAUGAGGGUCCCUACUGGUGUCAGGGAAAAAGAGAGUCCAGACCCACUUCUUCAUCCAUCAGUGACCCUGUCACUAUCACUGUCAAUGCUCUGCCCAGAGCCUCAGUGAGUGUCUCUCCACAGGGUCUCCUCUACUCUGGAGAGACAGUCAGUCUGCAGUGUGUCAUACGAGGCUACACAUCCUGGACGUACUACUGGUCCAGAGACAACCAACACCUUCCCAGUCAGACCAGUAAAGGUAUCAUAUUCACCAUCCCCAUCACUCUGACUGGUCAGACUGGUCAGACUGGUCAGUAUAGAUGUGAGGGGCUGAGGACAGAUCGGCCCCAGAGGUCACUACCCAGUGAUGACGUCACCAUCAGUGUCACUGCUCUGCCCAAAGCUACACUGACUGUAGAACCAAACCCUGUGUUCCCUGGAGAGACAGUUACUCUGAUGUGUUCAGUAGGGUCUGACAGUAUCUGGAACUAUCAGUGGUACAAAGACAGGAAUGAUAAUGUAGUAUCCCAGUCUGACAGACACACUAUAACAGGAGACACUCUCACCAUCAAUGGAGCAACAGUGAAUGAGAGUCCCUACUGGUGUCAGGGAAAAAGAGAGUCCAGACCCACUUCUUCAUCCAUCAGUGACCCUGUCACUAUCACUGUCAAUGCUCUGCCCAGAGCCUCAGUGAGUGUCUCUCCACAGGGUCUCCUCUACUCUGGAGAGACAGUCAGUCUGCAGUGUGACAUACCAGGCUACACAGACUGGACGUACUACUGGUUCAGAGACAACCAACACCUUCCCAGUCAGACCAGUAAAGGUAUCAUAUUCACCAUCCCCAUCACUCUGACUGGUCAGACUGGUCAGACUGGUCAGUAUAGAUGUGAGGGGCUGAGGACAGAUCGGCCCCAGAGGUCACUACCCAGUGAUGACGUCACCAUCAGUGUCACUGCUCUGCCCAAAGCUACACUGACUGUAGAACCAAACCCUGUGUUCCCUGGAGAGACAGUUACUCUGAUGUGUUCAGUAGGAUCUGACAGUAGCUGGAGCUAUAAGUGGUACAAAGACAGGAAUGAUAAUGUAGUAUCCCAGUCUGGUUACAGUAACAUUGGAGUCUCUCACACCAGUAAAGCUGCUGAGUCUGACCAGGGUCAGUACUGGUGUGAAGGGAACAGAGCGUCUAGACCCACAUCUUCACAACCAAGUGAUCCUGUCACUCUCACUGUAAAAGACUAUCUGCCAAAGACCACACUGACUUCAGACAAAGAGAACAUAUUCACAGGAGACAGUGUGACACUGAGCUGUACUGUAGAGUCUUCUGGAUGGAAGUUUUACUGGUACAGACACAGACCAGACUCUACACCAGUAACCACAACCUCUGGAUACUCCUACACACUCAGCUGGGUCAGUGUCUCUGAUGGAGGACAGUACUGGUGCAGAGCUGGGAGAGGAGACCCAGUCUACUACACCCUGUACAGUGACCCAGUCCAGAUAAUCAUUACUGAGAGACCUGUUGCUGUUCUGAUCCUCCAACCCAACUGGACGCAGAUAUUCAGAGGAGAGACUGUUACUAUGAGAUGUGACAUACAGGGAGGAGGAGACACUGACUGGGACUACAGAUGGUAUAAGAAUAGUCAGUUAUUCAGCCCCUUUAACACAAAGCCUGAGUACAGAAUCAGUCCUGUCUACAGGUCUAACAGUGAUUCAUAUACCUGUGAGGGUGUAAAGGGAAACAAGUUCUCCAAGACCAGUGAGGCUGUAAAACUGACCGUGUCUGAUCAACCCCAACCUGUCCUGAGUAUCUCUCCUCAGUGGCUGAACCCUGGGGCCUCGGUGAUGCUGAGCUGUGGGGUUAAAGACCUGUCUACAGACUGGUGGUUCUCCUGGUACAGGACUGUUCCCUACAGAGCUGGGUUACCCUCCCUAUCAGACAAGUCUUACUCUCUACAGCCCAUAUCUGACAAUGUCACUAGUGAAGACUCCUACACUCUGAUCCCUGCUGGUGCUACUCCCACAGGAGGAUAUGUGUGUAGAGCUGGGAGAGGAGACCCAGUCUAUGAUACACUCUACAGUGAACCUCAGUGUCUCUGGUCAGGAGAUCUGCAGCCUUCAGUGUCUCUUACAGUAAAUCCCAACACAACUCAACAUUUUAGAUGGACAUCUCUCUCACUGAGCUGUGAGCUGAAGGGGAACUCUACUGGAUGGAGACUGAAGAGAUACACAGAGACAGCAUGGCAGUCAGAGUGUCCAUCUACCUGGAGAUCAAUAACAGAAUCCACCUGCACCAUCACAUCAUUGGACACAUGGUCCAGUGGAGUGUUCUGGUGUGAGUCUGGAUCAGGAGAGUACAGUAAUGCUGUCAACAUCACAGUAAAUGAUGGUGAUGUGAGCCUGGAGAGUCCUGUCCAUCCUGUGACCGAAGGAGACUCUGUGACUCUGACCUGUACAUUUAGAUAUCAGGAAACAAAUCCUAAACUCAAGGCUGAUUUCUACAAAGAUGGAGUACUCAUCAAGAAUGAGACCACAGGAGAGAUGACCAUCCCUACAGUAUCCAAGUCAGAUGAAGGAUUCUAUAAGUGUAAAUCUGGUGAACGAGAAUCACCAGAGAGUUGGGUGACAGUAAGAGUCUCUCCAGUCGUAUCUCCUGGAUCCUCUACAUCAGUCCUAGUAGGAGUGGUUGUGGGUCUGGUUGUUGCUGGUGUUCUACUGGUCAUUCUCCUGGUCCUGCUGUGGAGAUAUCAAAACAGAAAAGGUUCCUGUUUCAACAGAAUAUUCUGGCCCCUUCAGCCCCAGAGCACCAACCAGGACCCCCAACAGGACCAAGGAUCUACCCAGGGCCAGACUCCAGAUACUGUUUAUACACAUCUCCAGCAUGGUGAUGCUAACAUCUACGAUACAAUCAAUCCCUCAGACAACAAUGAUAAUGAUGCUGCUGGUGCUUCUGCUGCUGGACCAAGUCAUGUGACUUACGCCCAGAUUCAACUCAAAAAGUUGGACAAGAAAAAGAAAGAAAAGCGAGAUUAUCUAAAAGAAAAUCCAGUCUACUCUGAGGUGAAGACAGGGAAAGCCACAGCAGCAGCUGGACAUUUUGAUGUGACCUAUGCUGAGGUUGACCUUCAAAAGAAGGUCAAAGCCAAGAAGAAGAGAGGGAACACUCCUACUCUCUAUCCUCCACUAUGGCCGUUGUUCCAGAAGUUGACAACCCAGUGAGCGCUUUAUCAGGAAGACCAGAACCACAGAACACCCCUGGAUCUGAGGUGACAUCUGUCUACAUCACUGCAGGGAGACCAGGAGCAGUACCAGUAGCAGCAGUAGAAGAAGAGGGACAUCCAGGGGACAAAGAGUACACUUCAUCAGAAGAGAGGAAAGAACCACAGUCCCCCCCAGGCAGAGACACUCUUCAGCACCCUACAGAUACCAGUUGCAGCACAGCGCCACCCAGUGGGCAAAGGAAAUAAUCUAAAGAAACCAGACACGGUGUACUACACAAUAGGAGAUUACCCCUCCAUCCUCCUCAGAGACCCACUGAUGUUACUUUGAUUAAGAUUUAACCCAUAAACUCAGGUACCGAAUGCAAACACAGGGGAAAUUAUGAAGGAGAGAGAAUUAUAAUAAUGGAUUUUUUGUUGUUGUCUAAUUUCAUCCAUAUUUAAAGUGGAAAUCUGCAAUUCCUACGUACUUUUACAUUAAUUGUGUAUAACUAUUGAUCCAUGCAGAAUACAACAUAUGCUUGUUUUACUCCGUUGUUUGUAAAAAUUGUAGUUGUAAAAAAUUGGUGGCCGCUUUGUUAUUAUUUAGACUGCAGAUUUCCCCUUUAAUUAUAUAAUGUUUUACAUACUGUCUUAUUUUAUUUUGUCCUGUGGACAAAAGCUCACAUAUCGGAGUGGCUGCAGUUCUGGAUUUUCUGUAAACGCGAUAAUAUAUAUUUUUUUUAUUUAGAUGCUGCCUACUCCGCUGCCUACAUAGCUGCUGCUAAACUCUCCACUGUCAUUAGCCUACAUCAUCACACAAAACGCAGAUUGUUUUUGCUCCAAUGCAAUGAGAAGGCACUGCGUCCUGCUUGUGCAACUGCCAUUAAAAACAGAGAAGGUUGUAACCUUCAUAAAGGCCUUGACUGUUUGUUCAAACGAGGCAGAGACUUAUGCUACAUCAUCAUGGUUCAGAGGAUGGUGAGUAAAGAGAGAAACGUGAAGGGAGGUUGAGUGUGAACAGCAGCUACGUAGAAAUAAUGUGUGUACGGUAUGUAAAAACAGAAUAUGAUCCGGAUCUGUAGCUUUAAGAGGUUUCCAGAGCGGUGGUCCUCAAAUACAGUGAAAUAUAGCUAGUACUCUGCGUUAACAUCCACAUCAUACAUUAUGGGUUCGUUUUCCUGGACAUAGAUUAAGCCUAGUCCCAGACUAUAAACUACGUUAAAUGGAGAAUCUUCACUGAAUAUGCUUCUUAGUCCAGGACUGAAUUGACUGGAAUUUUAAUGGAUUUCAAACCAACCCUGUCGUUUAGUGUUACUGUUAUUUUAUGUUUUCUUCUUCACUGGAAUAUAUGUAUUGGCAGUGGCGAUUUUAGCAUGUAAAUCUUGGUGGGGCAAAAAAUAAAUGAAGUGGAAUGCAUGCCAGCAAAGCCACUACACAACACAACACUAAACAAUACAUGCAUUUCACUAUAACAGUGACAAACGGUGGCCACAAUCUGUUAGGGCCUACAUAAAGCUGUCCCUACAGCAGAGUCCCAACAGCAGUCCGAACACCUUACCACUGCUACACCUGGCUAUCAGCGGAGCCUUGUCUGGCAGCGAAAUAGUUCAUUCAGCCUCAUUUACUGCCUUUAAGAAAAUAACAUAGCUAUAUGCCUGACUUGCUAAACAAAUGUAGUUUCUACUAAUGAUUGAGAUGUACAAACUAUGGCAUAAGGGGACGACAAGCGGAUGAGAGGCAAUCCGUAGUUUCGAUUAAG